CCUUAUUCUCCUCCAUCUUUCCAUCCCUCACUUUCAUUCCACAUUUCUUAGUUAUGGACAAGAAAAACAUGCUUUUUAUCGCACUUAUAUGCGUCAUUGUAGCUUCCGUCGGUGGUCAAUCUCCGGCAGCUUCACCGACACUACCUCCACCAACAAGCAUCACUACUCCUCCUGCUGCUACACCGAAACAUGCUCCACCAUCAACCGUCACCACUCCUCCAGCUACUUCACCGACACAAUCUCCACCAAAAACCAUCACUACUCCUCCUUCUACUUCACCGACACAAUCUCCACCAAAAACCGUCGCUACUCCUCCUUCUACUUCACCGACACUUGCUCCACCAAAAACCGUCACUAAUCCUCCAGCUACUUCACCGACAUUUGCUCCACCAAAAACCGUCACUAAUCCUCCAGCUACUUCACCGACACUUGCUCCACCACCAACCGUCACUACUCCUCCAGCUACUUCACCGACACUUGCUCCACCAUCAACCGUCACUACUCCUGCUACUUCACCGACACUACCUCCACCGUCAACUGUCACUACUCCACCUGCUGCUUCACCGACACUAGCUCCACCAACAACCGUCAUUACUCCUCCUGCCACUUCACCUUCCAAACCUACCUCUCCCGCCAAAACACCAGUUUCUGCUCCCGUAACAGCUCCUGCUGCAUCUCCACCGACGGUUUCUGUUCCUCCUCCGACUAAGACGCCGGUGAGUUCACCACCGACAGCGGAGCCAGUGAGUGCGCCACCGGCUCCUGAGACGGCGCCGGUGAGUUUGCCACCUGCGGCGGAGCCGGUUAGUGCUCCACCUACAGAGGUUGAAUCGCCGCCAGUACCGGAACCUACUGCUGCUCCGAUUGAGGCUCCAACCGCUGAAGUUCCAGCGCCUGCGCCUAGUAAGAAGACAAAGAAGCGGAGCACGUCUCCGGCGCCUGCGCCGGAAAUUAUGGGACCAGCAGCUUCUCCUAAUGAAGCUCCUGGACCUAGUUAUACUUCUAUGACUCCAGCUCCAGCUCCCUCUGCUGACAUUGCCGACGAUAAUGGAGCAGAGAAAUUGAAGGGUGUGCAGAUGGUGGUCGGAAGCUUGGUAUUGGGAUUGACUAUCUUCAGCUGGCUCUAAACACUAUAUUGUUUUUUUUCUUUUUUAUUUUCUGAUUUUAUUCGUUUGAUUGUAGUUUCUCUUGUGUUCAUUUUUAUUUAUUAUAUAUUGUUUUAAUCCAUUUAUAUGAGUCGCGGCUCGAUCUGUAUCUUGGGUAUGGCCCCCCUGCCCUUUUAUAUUCUUUAAUUGUUUUACAUUAUUCUGGAUUCAUUGUACCUACUUUUUUAUAUUUGUACCUUCUAAUACUUGCGGUGAUCAA